GGCGUCCGUUCGUCAACACAAGCAAAAACCAACAUCGUCCUCGUGCGUGCCCCGUCCUCGCCGCCCGUCGCCGGAUUCCCAAAACCCCCAUGCUCAGCCGCGCUCGCAAAGCCCUCCUCCGACUCGGGGCUUCUUCGCUUCCUCCACCACCACGAGCUCCAGCUCCAGCUCAAGCUCUCCGCCUGCUCAGACCGGCCUCGACUUCCUCGAAGAAGAAGGCGCACCACCCGUUCACGGUCUCUUACCUCAUCGGCUCUUGCGGGCUGUCCCCAGAAUCCGCUCUCUCCGCCUCCAGGACCGUGCAGUUCGCGAGCCCGUCGAGGCCGGAUGUCAUCCUCGAUGUCUUCAGGAACCGAGGUUUGUCCCCGACCCAAAUCUCGUACGUCGUCAGGAGAUACCCCCGGAUGCUCGUCUCGAGCCCUGGCAACCUGUCCACAAAGCUCGAGUUCUUGUGCUCUAGGGGCAUUUCGGGUCAAGAACUGGUCAAGCUCGUGGUCGCGGUUCCUGCGGUCCUGACCAGGAGCUUGGGCAACCAUUUGAUACCCACUUUCGAAUACAUAAGCGGCUUGCUUCAGUCCGAUGUUAAGGCUGUACAAUCCAUCAAUAGGAAUCCGAGGAUCUUGUAUAAUGACCCUAAAGUGCGGCUUGUCCCUUGCAUUGCGAUUCUGAGGGACUGUGGAGUGCCUGAAGCGAAAAUUAGGUGGGUGGUCCUGUUCCAGCCGAGCACGUUCUUCUUGAGGUCGGACGUGCGGUUCGACGAGGCGGUGAGUCGGGCGAAGGAGAUGGGUUUCGAUCCUUUGAGGACGAAUUUCCUUCUGGCUUUGCAAGUGAUCAGGGGGAUGAACAAGUCGACGUGGAGGAGGAAGGUCGAUGCUUUUGGCAAGUGGGGUUGGUCCGAGGAGGACAUCGUCUUGGCUUUUAGGAGGAAUCCGUGGUGUAUGUCGAUGUCGGAGAGUAAAAUCGCGGGGGUGAUGGACAUCUUCGUGAACGAGAUGGGGCUUGACCCUUUAUAUAUGGCGCGGCAUCCGACAAUGAUGAUGUUGAGCUUGCAGAAGCGAAUCGUUCCUCGGUGUUUGGUGUUUUGUGUUCUGCUGUCCAAAGGUUUGAUCAGGACGACACGUAGCUUGAAUGGAUUCCUUGGUGUCCCAGAGAAGUUGUUCCUGGAGAAGUUUGUGACUGCUAAUUUGGGAAAAGCACCCGAGUUGUUGGAUCUGUAUAAUGAGAAGAUGCGUAAUAGUUCUACCACCUUAACUUUGGGUACUUUGUGAAACCAAAUGAUUCCGAUGACCAUGAAUCCAAUGGAAAAGUACUGCCUUUCUGAAAUCCCUUAACUGAAGAUGGAAGCUUGAGGUCUAGCAGGGACGCGUCUGGUUUUCCCUUCUCUCUGCAUUCGCUUACUCAGCUAGCUUGCUGAUUUGUAAUUCUUUUAAAUUCUUCUUGUUAACUGUUUUCCCCUGAUGCACAUUUAUUUUUAAGUUCACUUGUACGAGGAAUAGCCCAUUUCUAAUCAGUUA